UUCUAGACCAACACAUAUACAAGCACAAGUUUGUAACUGGCAUUUAAUUUGAUCACGUCACUUGCGCAGGUAGCAACCAACCAGGAAGAAUAAACACCUGACGCCCGCCAUGUUGGAUUGUGAGGUUUUGUAGUUUACUAAUGGGGUAGCGUUAGGUUUAGUUCCCCUAUAUAUAAUUACAUGUACAAGGGUUCCCUAACCAUGGACCCCUGGAACAGCGCCCAGGAUGUUGUACGCUGCACCCUGUGUCAGGACUCUGUGGCCCCCAUGUACUGUGAAGUUUGUCAUAUACAUCUGUGUAAAGACUGUGUAGAGAAACAUUUCUCUGAUUCCUCUAAAGUCCAUAAUGUGGUGCCACUUAAACAAUAUCUAACCACUUUGAACAAUCCUAAGUGUAGAAAACACCCCACCAGACAAUGUGAACUCCACUGUGAACAAUGUAACAUUCCUAUUUGUGCAAAGUGUAUUUCCUCUGGAAAACAUUCAGGACAUAAAAAAAUUGACAUUUUCCAAAGCUUUGAAAACAAAUCAGAAAUUUUACAAAAAGAUUUGCAAGAAUUAGAAAUAUUCAUUUAUCCUAAAUACAAAGAAAUUGCAUCAGACAUCCCAGUGCAGAAAGCUGAUCUGAGUAAAAACUCCCGGAAAUUGACAACAGCAAUUGACAAACAAGGAAAAGUCUGGCACAGAGAAAUAGACACCAUUAUCACAAACCUGAAAUGCAAUGUGGAGGAAAUGGAAUCCAAACACCUGCCCAUCCUAAAUAAACAGGAAAAUGAAAUCACACACACCAUUUCUGAAAUCACACAGACCAUUGCUGAACUGAAGAAGUUACUGAACUCCAAAGAUGUCAGCCUUGUCUCUGAGUACAAAUCAAGGAACGCUGAAUUUAGAAGACUGCCUCCUAAACUCAAAGUGUCCUUACCAAACUUUAGGCCUCAGGAAAUCCACACAGAUCAGCUGAUUGAACAGUUUGGUUCUCUGUCAGCAUUAUCUUUUACAACAGAGGAACAAGACUACAGCAUGCCGCCCCAGGGAGCCGAGUCCUCUCCCCCAGACCGGUCACUGAUGGAUGUACCCCGGGUCAUCACAGCUAUAGACACAGGGUAUAGAAAUCUCGAUGGUGUGACGUGUCUGAAUGAAUCAGAGAUCUGGACGUGUGGUGGUAAUGACAACAUGAUAAACCUCUACAACCUCCAAGGAGAACUAGUGAAGUCCAUCCAAACCAAGUCAGGGAACGUUCCACAGAACAUAGCAGUGACAAGGAGUGGGGAUCUAGUUUAUACUGAUGAAGAUGAUAAAACUGUGAACAUAGUGAAGAAUACAAAGAUACAGACAGUGAUCAAACUACAGGGGUGGAUACCUGACGGUGUCUGUAGUACCUCCUCUGGUGACCUCCUGGUUGUCAUGGACAGUGAUGAUGAUAAACAAACAAAAGUUGUGCGUUUCUUUGGCUCAACAGAGAAACAAAGUAUUCAGUACGAUGACAAAGGACAACCUCUCUAUUCAUCUGGUGGAUACAUCAGUGAGAACAGGAACCUAGAUAUCUGUGUGUCAGACAGUAGAGCCAGUGCAGUAGUGGUGGUCAAUCAGGCCGGGAAACUCCGGUUUACCUACACUGGUCCUCCCUCUACUACCAAGGGAUCAUUUGAUCCAUACGGCAUCACAACAGACGGCCAGGGCCGGAUCCUGACAGUAGACAAUAACAACGACUGUAUCCACAUCCUGGAUCAGGACGGACAGUUCCUCCGCUACAUUAACAACUGUCAUUUACAGGAUCCAUGGGGUUUAUGUGUGGACACCAGAGACAACCUCUUUGUGGCUGAGGAAACAGGUAAAAAAGCCUGCCUACAGAUUGUAAUGCUCAACGAGAAACUUUCCUCUGCCAGCAGACGAUACCGAAUGGCGCACGCUUCUGGUCGUCGUUCCUUCCGGUACUCGCUACGUCUACGCUUGGCGGCAAUCGAAGGUCUACGCAACGGUUACUUUGAAUACGCCAUGAUCAAAGCUCAGGAGAUGCAGCAAGUCAGGCGUGACGAGGAUGAGGAGGGCGAUCGAUACGAUAUGGCCCAGUGA